GUUGGAGAAACCAUGUAAGCCACUCACCAAAAUAUUCAAAAUAUUCAUCCUUCUCGGUUCUUCACCGAGAAAAAUUGUGAUCCAAAAAAAAUUCAUAUAUAUUUGAAAGGAAAAAAAAACUUAAAUUGGCAAAAAAUGUACUAAAAAGUGCUCAUAUGAAAGCGAAAUUUGAAAACUUAUAACAGGGAUUUGUGGCUGCCAAAGACACUUAUCAAAUGGAGAGAGUUCUUGGGACCUUUACGAGUUCCGGUUCACUUUUUCCUCAAUCUUUCAUCACUUCAAACGCUUGCAAACGCCAAACUAUUUAUUCUCAGGUGCUGCCCUGGAAGCAUCAUCAAUUUCUAAGACCAAUUGAAAAGACUGGAUCUUUGGUAGCUCUUUGUUGCGGGAAUAAAUUUUCUUGCUAUAAAAUUGAAGCCCAGAGGAGAAUUUUGUGUCUCCAUUCAGCGUUGAAAGCCAAUGAAGUAUUCAAAUUAAAGGAAUGUAGCAAGAUAUGGAAUCAGAGUUCAGUUACUACUAUUAGCAGAAGUUUUCCCUUUUCUUUCUGUCGGAUGGUGGUUGGAGUUGUGUUGGCUGUGACAUUUGGUGCUGCUGUUAGCAAUACUCCUGCUUGGGCACUAACUGAAGAAAAUCUGCUUUUCCUGGAAGCGUGGAGAACAAUUGAUAGGGCUUAUGUUGACAAAACUUUCAAUGGCCAGAGUUGGUUUAGAUACAGAGAAAAUGCAUUGCGAAAUGAGCCGAUGACUUCACGUGCAGAGACAUAUACGGCAAUAAGGAAGAUGGUUGCGACUUUAGAUGAUCCUUUCACCCGGUUUCUUGAACCUGAAAGGUUCAAGAGCCUGAGGUCAGGAACGCAAAACGCUUUAACAGGUGUAGGGUUAUCAAUUGGCUACCCUACUGGGAAGGAUGGAUCAUCUACUGGACUGGUGGUCAUUUCAGCUGCUCUGGGUGGUCCUGCUGAUAGAGCUGGUAUUUCUCCUGGUGAUGUGAUUCUGGCAAUUGAUGACCAAAGUACGGAAAACAUGACAAUUUAUGACGCUGCUGAUCGCUUACAGGGAGCUGAUGGAAGCAGAGUUGAAUUAACUGUUCAGCAGGGUGUGGAAACAAGGAACCUACAGUUGAUACGCGAAAGAAUUUCAUUAAACCCUGUGAAGUCAAGAAUUUGCAAGGCUCCUGAUUCAGGAGAGGAGGCUCCUCGAGUUGGGUAUAUAAAGUUAACAGCAUUCAAUCGAAAUGCAUCUGGUGCUGUUAAGCAAGCGGUUGAAAGUUUGAGGAAAGACAAUGUCAAUGCCUUCAUACUAGAUCUUCGAGACAACAGCGGUGGCCUAUUCCCAGAAGGAAUUGAAAUUGCAAAAAUCUGGUUGGACAAGGGCGUAAUUGUUUAUAUCUGCGAUAGUCGUGGUGUUAGAGAUAUAUAUGAUACAGAUGGAAGCAAUGCUGUGGCUACUUCUGAGCCUUUAGUAGUUCUGGUGAAUAAAGGAACUGCUAGUGCAAGUGAAAUCUUGGCCGGUGCUUUGAAAGAUAAUAAGCGAGCUGUGCUUUAUGGAGAACCAACUUUUGGAAAAGGGUGACCACAUACUUCAUAUCACAUAUUGAUGGUCAUUUGCAAAUUUUGAAGUUUUUCUUUAGCGCUGACUAGAACUAUUUUGGAUCUAAUGAGAUAUCGAUGGUAAUUCUACAGUAAGAUCCAGUCUGUUUUCGAGUUAUCAGAUGGCUCUGGUUUGGCGGUAACAGUUGCUCGUUAUGAGACUCCAGCUCACACAGAUAUAGAUAAGGUAUACUUCAAAAUCUCUCCACUCUCCAGGAAAAGAGACCACCAAGGCUGACAUUGACUAGUACUAUUUCUUCAAUAUCAGAGGUUGUUCUGAUCAUUGUUUAUACCUAGUUUUUGGUUGCCAUUGACUCUUCCAAUUUCGUCAAAAUCAUAGGUUGGCAUAAUUCCUGACCAUCGACUUCCAGCAUCAUUUCCAAAAGACGAUGAGAGUUUUUGUGGGUGUCUUCAAGACCCUGCCUCUGCUUGCUAUCUGAACAGAGUUGAGCUCUUUUCAAGAUGAUUCUUUCCAACGGUUAUCUCUUGCAAGCUGCUGUAGGUUGAGGCUGAAAGCAUACGAUUUUGUUUCUAAUUGAUUCAAGCUAAAUGAUCCUACUUUUUCCUCGAUUAUUGGGCUCAAGGAGUCUGCAAACAUAUACAUGUUAUAGUGCAUACUGCAUGACUGCUAGGCUACGUUGUCCUCAGGGUGGCAUCCCGGGGUCUCAACAGAAUGAUUGUAGAGUAGAGUGAAUGGUCAAAAGGUUCCUACGAAAUAUGGAUUCAUUGUCCCCAACAACAUUGGUCCUAUCUCGGACAACUAGGCUAGCACCUUUGGAUUUUUGUAGGUGUUGAAACUUUCCUGUUUUAUGUACAGCACGAAAAAUGAAAAUUCAAUUAUUCUUUCUUGAGUAAUGUGAUGAAGGUUUAAAGCUCCACAGGUAUGAUGAAUAUGCAAUUCCAAAAUUUCCACUGAACAUCAACUGAUUUACUGAUGUCGUUGAAAACAGUUAACUGUCUUCUCUUCUUUCUUAUAUUGCACUUAAAUGUUCCUGAUUUAGCUACAAACUUUUGGCAUUCAAGAGUAGGCUACUCAUUUCUGAGCUGAUAAUUUAGAAUUAUGGUUUACUUGUGCAUGAAAACGCCAAGUUGUUUGUCAGAAAGGGAUGAACCUUUGGUUCCUUUUGGGAUCAAUUCGUUAAAAUUUACGAAUUGAAAACAUUUACGAACAUUUCUAUAACAGUAUUGUAAAUGUGUAUGAUAAUCAGCCGAAUGAUGUACUAAAGCAUCUUAGUCCAUGAACCUAAGAAUGGGAAAGCUGCAAUCAGCAAUCUCAAUAACAAUGGUGUCUCACUUCUCCUUACUUCUUCACUAAUCCUACUCUUCUCUGAAGAUGAUGACUUCUCUGAUCUGCCACCAACCCUUUGGCCUGAUUUAGUUGGAGAUCUAAACUGAAACUCAUUCUCACUAUCUAGCUUAUCCCAUCCACCAAAACUUGAAUCAUCAUCAGAUUGUACCCAUGAUUUGUACCCCAUUUUUCGUUUCUUAUUCUCUUGAUUACCUAAUCUUUCAUCUUCCCAAAACGUAUUCUCAGUUCUUGAACUUCUUCUAGUCUUCUUCUUCUUCGUCUUCCGCUGACUCCUCUGUUUUCCCCUGCUUUCCCACAUCUUUUGGAAAGCAAAUGCAAAUGUUGACUGUAAAAUUGCAAGUGUUAAAGCCAACAAAAACGAUUUUGGCCCAUUUGUUAUUACCAAGGAAACCAGGAUGAAUGGAAGCGCCCAACCAUAACUUCCGAAUACCUGCACUAAUUCGGAAGACAAAUUUUAGCCCUGUUUCCUGGUUUGGGAUUACAGACUAAAUAUCAAACUGAGAAGAAAAGGAGAUAAGAAAAGGGAUACCUUGAAAAUCCAGAUACUAUCAAUGUAUUCUUGAAGAACAUCAUCCCAUUGUUCAUCUUCAGUUUCUUUGCCGCCGUCAUCGUAGUCAUCAUCAUCGAUGAUUUGGGUUGUAAAUGACUCUGUAUUGGAGUUUUCCCAAUCCCACCUGCGAGCUCUGCAAAGAAGAAGUGAUUGAAGAAGAUAACCACUGUUGCAUAGUACUCCGGUGGUGGUGGUGAGGCUGAGCUGGAGGAGUACUGGUGGUGGUGGAUGUAUAUUUCCCGGUGGUGGUUUACGGAGGAGGAAAUGGUGGUGACGGUGGUUAAUGGGCAGAAUGAGAAGAGUAGAGGUUGGGAGAUAGUGUUUCAGUUGUGGCAUUGCUGGAGGAAAAAGAAACCACAAGAGUGAGUGGCCUUCAUUUGGCCUUCAAUUUUUUCCCCUUUCCUCAGAGGAAGUAAAUGUUGUGCAAAACAUUCCCACAUUUUUUUAUACAAACUGUGGCUUAUAUUUAUAGUUUGAAUCCCUCAACUUGGGACAAAUUACAUAUCCG